AUGGAUGUGAUAGAUGCUGUGUGUUUGUGGGCCGUCCACCGAAGGAUGAGAAGACGCAGACAAAUGAGGGAAAGAAAAUAUUGGGUUCAUCCUAUUUUAAAAACAAGGCUUUCUCAUAGUCUUUAUGUCACGUUAUAUCCUAAACUUAGAGAACAUGAUGAAAAAUUUUUCAAUUACUUUAGAAUGUCCAUUAAAUCAUUCGAUGACCUAUUGGAGAUAAUUAAAGACUCCUUAGAAGCUGAUGAAAAUGCAAUAAGAUAUUGCAUUUCACCACAAGAAAAACUUAUCGUUACAAUAAGGUAA